AUGUCCGCCGCCCACCACAUCCCGGCGGAGGACAGCGCCGAGGGCACGAAAUUCUUCUUCAUGGGCGGCAGCGACAAGCACCAACUCAAUCGUAUAUCGUCGAACGGCGGACUGACGGCCGGGCUCACCGCGCAAGGCGUCACAGAAUCGCAAUGGGAGCCCUUCCGCCAAGAGUUAUACAAACUCCCCUCGCUCGCGCUCUCCCAGUGCGGCGGAUGUGGGUGUUCUGGCCCGUGCUUCGACAGCCCCGGCGAGGUGCGAAACAAGUGGUGGACGGCCAUGCAGGAGCUCUGCACGCGCCACGCUCAAACCUUCGCGCCGCUCGGGAUCACGCUCGAGCCGUGGGUCAAUCUCUUGAAGGGUCGAGCCAUGAAGUUUCCCGGCUUACUCCUCGCCUACACGCCAGCCAACGCACCAGCGGUGGUCGUCACGGCGGGAGCCGUCCCAGCGGCAGGGCCGGCGGUCGGAACGAUAGUUUCCCCGGCGGCGAACCCGGCGGUCGGAACGGUAGUUGCGCCGGGCCCGGCGGUCCCGACGACCGUUGCUCCGUCGCCGUACAACUCCAGCUAUCCCCCAACGGCGGGCGGCGUCGUGCAAGGCCACGUGACGCAGCCGCCGCCUUACGCCGCCGCCCCAACGGGCGCCGUCGUCCAAGGCUACGCGCCGCCGCCGCCGCAAGCGGCGCAACCGGUCGGAACGACCGUCGCUCCGCCGCCCUACGGCGCCGCCGCAACGCCGCAAGCCGUCGCGGAAGUCGUCGCCGUCGCCCCGAUGGACCGCAAGUAG